CAUAGAGACCAGCCAGGUGACCUGGAGGCCAGGCCUUGGGAGGAGCCCUGGGUUUGGGCCGAACACUGGCACGGUGACUGCUGAAUUCAGGGGCUCGGAAACGGCAGGGCACCAAAGAGGAAAUGCCAGCAGACCACGGGCCAGCUAAGCCACAGUGGGUAAGCAAGGACUUGGGACCCUGGAGGAACGGACACAGGCAGCUGCUGAACCCCGGAGCUGAAGGGCCUCCUCACACUGGCUUGGCUCCUGGCUUGCAGUGUGCCUGUGGUGCCGGGAAGCUUGCUUGACCUCAAGUCCAUGAUCGAGAAAGUGACUGGGAAGAACGCCCUGAAGUGCUAUGGCUUCUAUGGCUGCUACUGUGGCUGGGGUGGCCAAGGGAUCCCCAAGGAUGGCACCGACUGGUGCUGCUGGAUGCAUGACAACUGCUACGGGCAGCUGGAGGCGAAACACUGCAACAUCCGGACACAGUCGUACAAAUACAGAUUUGCUUGGGGCCUGGUCACCUGCGAGCCGGCACCCCUCUGUCAGAUGCAGCUCUGUGCCUGCGACCGGAACCUCGUGUACUGCCUGAAGAGGAACCUGUGGAGCUACAACCCUUUCUACCAGUACUUCCCCAACGUCUUCUGCUCCUAGCUCCUCCACGCAGCCCGCACUUCUGCUCUCCUCUCCUGCGGCAGAGUCCUGCCUCUGCUGGAUUCCCGAGAGAAGCUCUGGGUCAUGGACCUCAUUCCUGAUGGCCCACAGCUUGGAGCCCCAGGUCAUGCUUCAUGCUCCAGAGUUCCCAGAAAGUGAUAGUGGUCAUAGAUCCUGGCAAGGUACCGGCGCCCAGGGCCUCCACUUCUGAGGUCACCCCUCGGUGCAGGGAGUGCUCCCCUAACUCUGGGCCAGCUGCGUCUCUCUCUCUCUCUCUCCUUGUUUCCAGUCGGGGGAUUUUCCUGAGGUGCACUUAUCUUUCAGUUUCUGCAAUCAGCUGAUUGCUAUUACCCUCCAGAGAAUUUUCACUCAAGUAGAAGCAAAAUCAGCUCUAUAAAUCUGCCCUCUAGGCGGUAAAUGAAACUCAUUGUCAAGGCUAAUAAGCACACAGGCCUUUGGCUCCCCUAGGAAGUCCCUAGGGCUUCUGCUUUGGGGCACUAGCCUUGAAGGGACUCAUGUUCUCUGGGGGAAGGGAAGGUUAGUAAGCAGCUUUUCCAGGGUGAGCUCCUGGGCUCAUUUCCUGAACCCCUGGAAGGAGACCUCGAGCCAAGCGCAGGGUCUCCCUUCCCUAGAAGAGCUAAUUGGCAAUCGUGUCAAGGGGGC